GGGAGAGGGAGAGGGAGAGGGAGAAAAUGCCACUCCCGAACAUAGUUCUCUAUAAGCAUGAUAUAGUCCCCUAUAGAAGGCUGAGCGUUAAAAGAAUCGAGAAAGACUUGGAGAUGAAAACAAUCUAGGCAGGGGAGGGGACGAAAACGAAAGCGGACAGGGAACCUGCCAGUUUUUAUUAAUAAGCGUAGGGCCUAAGUCCAGCAGUAUUCUGACUGAUCUCCUUCCAAGUAUGAUCGAUGCUGACCGCAGUCUGCCACUUACUCUCCGUUACCGCCGGCCUGGGUCCCUGGACGGUAACUUAGAACCUCCUUAACUCCUUCUUUGCGAGGGGAGCGUUCUCGGGCUGACGCCAUCUACAUGGCGCCCACGAUAUCCUGCCGCAGUCGAUCUCCAACGUCGCCGGGCCAGAACGAUCUUAACACCGUCAACUCCGGCUUGCGAUCCGCACCGUAGCAUUGAAGAGGGGACUUGAGAUGCAUGGUGGAGGGAUCGAAUCACACGUUCUCGCGGAGAAGUCGAACGGGGACGCCUGGCCAUGGCCCUGCGCUGGAUUGUCAGGGGAUAUUCGUGGUGAGACCGCCUCGUCAGAUCGAACAAGACGGCGUUUGUCUCUGAUUAUAAAAGCAGGCCGACGGCUGACAUCCAGGUUGUUUCUUCGGAAUGAAUAACUACAUUAUCCUCAUCGCCAUGUCUCCGUUUGGAUUCCACAGUCGCUGCGAGGAUGUCGCUAAGGCCUUUGCCGACAAGAUCAAGGGCCGCACAUUCCUCAUCACGGGCGUCUCCGAGAAGAGCAUCGGGGCCAACCUCGCCUACGCCCUCGCCGCCGAGGCGCCGGCCCGCAUCCUCCUGGUCGGCCGGAACAAGAGCAGGAUCGACCCGGUGGUGCGGCGGAUCGCGACGAACUAUCCGGACGUAGUGGCGACCUUCGUGCCUUGCGACCUGACCGACUUCGACUCGGUGCGCGCGGCGGCGCGGCGGAUCAACGAGGACGCGGCGAUCCCGCGCGUCGACGUCGUCGUUAACAACGCCGGCGUCAUGGCGCCGGUGAAGUACACGCUCGACAAGCAGGGCUACGAGCUCAGCCUGUCGGCGAACCACCUGGGGCACUUCCUGCUGACGGCGCUGCUGCUGCCCAAGAUCGUGGCGGCGGCGCCGGGCGCCCGCGUCGUCAACGUGUCGAGCCGCGGCCACGCGGCCGGGCCGUUCCGCUUCGACGACUGGAACUUCUCGGGCGGCGCCGCGUACGACGGCUGGAGCGCGUACGGGCAGUCGAAAACGGCCAACAUCCUGUUCUCGGCGGAGCUCGGCCGGCGGCUCGCGGGGGCCGGCAUCCGCGCCUACGCCGUCCACCCGGGCGCCAUCAUCGGCACCGGCCUCGCCGACCACCUCGGCGAGGGCGAGUGGCAGGGCAUCUACGAGGUCGCCCUGCGCAACACGGGCCAUGAGUUCCCCGCCCUCAACGACCUCAAGGACCUGUCCGCCGGCACCGCGUCCCUCGCCGCCGCCGCCCUCGACCCGGACCUGGACGGCCAGUCCGGCGCCUACAUCGUCGACUGCCAGGUCGCCCGGCCUCUCGAGCCGUACGCCGAAGACCCGGAGAACGCGCGCAAGCUGUGGGAGCUGAGCGAGGAGCUCGUCGGGCAGAAACUCGAACUCUGAGCGGCCUAUCGGAUGUGUGAUAGAGACGGGAGGAGUAUUCCUGUGGGGAGGGCAAAAGGGGGGGAUUUAGGAAAAUCGCAACCUUCUUUUGAGGAAACGGGGAGACGGGCAUGCCACACACCCCGUCGCGAUCUUUGUUAAAUAGCGACGGGUCGGGCAGUCAAAUCAAUAAUAUUACGUGAGGCUCUACAGUCAUCACCACUCACCAGGUAACACCGCUUUCUGC